CGAUGGCAUCAUGCACAGACUCUAACAAGGCCGAAUAUAUCGGAUGCGCUUUGCGGCAUACAGAUGUGCUGUUUUGCUUUACUCGAGGUGCCACCCGCGGCUUCAAGCGCGCACGAUCGGGUUCCAUCUUCAUGAAUCCCAUUUGUUUGUACAGGCUCUGAAAGUUCAGAGGGGAGUCUGUACGGGCCCGCAUGAAGAUGGCCCAAGUUACGAAUCCGAACUCGUCAACAUCGACAACGUUGAUAGACUUGGGACUGCAUUACUACAGAUAGUACCACUGACCAACGCGCGCAGGUAGCAUGAGAAAAGAAAGAGGACCGAGUGCUGAGAUGAUGGUGGUCGG